AUGUCGUAUCUGAAGGCUGAGAUGCCUGUGUCGUUUUCAUUUUCCUUGGAGGAAGUUCACAUCCACUCCACUGUGAUUGGAAAGAUCUGGCUCACCACCCUGUUCAUAUUUCGUAUGCUUGUUCUGGGUGUAGCAGCUGAAAAUGUCUGGAAUGAUGAGCAGUCUGGCUUCAUCUGUAACACAGAACAACUUGGCUGCAGAAAUGUAUGCCAUGACCAGGCUUUUCUCUCCCUCAUUAGAUACUGGGUUCUGCAGGUGAUUUUCGUGUCUUCACCAUCCCUGGUCUACAUGGCCCAUGCUUUGUGCCGACUGAGAGUUCUGGAGAAAGAGAGGCAGAGGAGGAAGCUCCAACUGGGAGGAGAACUGAAAGGGGUUGAGUUUGAUAUGUCUGGGGAUCGGAGGAGAUUGGAGCAAGCACUUUGUCAGCUGCAGCAAAGGAAACGUAAUAAAGCUCCGCUCAGGGGAACCUGGCUUUGCACCGAUGUGACACACAUUUUCACUCGCUCUGUUGUUGAAGUUGGGUUUAUGAUUGGACAGUACUUUUUAUAUGAAUUUCAUUUAGAGCAGUGGUUCUCAACCUUGGCUGCACAUUAGAAU